GAGCGGGGGAGGGGCGGCAGCUCCCAUCCAGUUUUUCAGCUUUCGAGCAAACCUUGAUAAAAGUUCCUUCUUCUGGCCUAUUUUCCUUCCAGGCAUCGGGAGAAUCUUCAUAUAUUUGUUACUACAAUUCACUAUUUCACAGCAAUCGUCCAAAAUGCUUCCGGUCCCACUUAUCCAGCUUCAAUGCGGUAGGCCUUCUACCCAUAACUCGACUUGAGGAUAUUCAAGGCUAACUGAUUUGCGGGGCUCAGGCGCAAAUUCUUAUGAUUGGGGUAAGCUCUCUUUAAGCCCGGAUAAGCUGAACUAUGCUCAUGCGGGGUGCAAUUGUGUGCAGGAAAGGUUGGAAACGAUUCGGCGGCCGCUCGUUUUGCUGCCGCAACUACCCAAUCUGGUUUUAAGAUUGAGGAAUCAGAGCCUUAUGCUGAGGUGCCUAUGCUACUACAUCCUUAGAGUUGCCUUGCUAAUUACCCCAAGCUCUGGAUGGGAACUCAUCCAUCAAAUCCAUCUAAGGAUGCAAACACUGGGCGUACCCUCCUAGAUCUUGUCAAUGGCAAUACAGCCCUCCUCUCCCACGAUAUCGCGGAAAAAUAUGGAGGAAAGCUGCCCUUCCUUUUCAAGAUUCUAUCGAUUCAGAAAGCUCUCAGCAUCCAGGCCCACCCUGACAAGAAUCUUGCCGAAAGACUGCACAGCGAAGACCCGAAGAACUACCCUGGUAUACUCUUCAGUCGCUGUUGAAUAGAACUUGUAACUGAAAGUUUUGUGAUGUACAAUCAGAUGACAACCACAAGCCUGAGAUGACCAUUGCCGUCACUCCCUUCGACGGGUUCUGUGGCUUCCGCCCUCUCUCCGAAAUUGUGUCCUUCUUGAAAUCGACCCCACAACUUCGUGCACUCGUUAGCGAAUCCAAGGCAGAUCUAUUUAUUGCAGCUGUUAUGGGCAAGGAAGAUGCUAGUGACGAGUCAACUAUAGCUGCUAACAAAAGAGCCUUGAGGGGCUUGUUUGAGGCCGUUAUGACCUCUAAGGAGACUCAAAUUAAGAAACUGGCUGGCGAACUCGUAGAAUCUGCAAAGCGGAUCCCAGAGUCUUUUGGAGGAAAGGAGCAUGGUGGGAAGGAAUUCGCGGACUUGAUUGUCCGCUUGGACGGACAGUUCCCGGGAGACAUCGGGUUAUUCUGCUCGUUCCUUUUGAAUUAUGUCAAGCUGCAACCUGGCGAAGCAAUGUUCCUGCAGGCAAACGAUCCUCACGCUUAUCUUUCGGGAGGUUUGUCUAUGCCCCAGCCACUACCGGUACCACAUGGGGCGGGUUGACUAAUAUGCACGGCAUGCAGAUAUUGUUGAGUGCAUGGCUGCGAGUGACAACGUGGUUCGUGCAGGUUUUACGCCAAAAUACAAGGACGUCAAGAACCUUGUCUCGAUGCUCACCUACUCCUACGCCCCUAUCUCCGAACAAAAGAUGAAACCAGUCCCCUACCCUCAUGGGUCCAACUCUGGAUCUGAUCCUACUUCGAUCCUCUACGAUCCCCCUAUUGAAGAAUUCGCUGUCGUGAAGACUGGACUAAGGUCUGGGGAUUCGGAAAAGUUCGAACCCAUCCAAGGACCGAGCAUCGUCAUUGCGACCAGUGGUAAAGGAAAAAUUUCGGUAGGCCCUAAAACAGAAACACUAAACAGUGGGCAUGUGUAUUUCGUUGGUGCUACAGCUGCACUCGAACUUGAGGCGGAGGAGGACCUAGUUGCAUUCAGGGCAUUCUGCGAGCUCGCUAAAUAACCGGCCUCGCAUUUGUAGUGGGAGGAAUUUUAAUCCGGCCCCGAGGUUGGAUUAUCAUAUAAUAUCGUGGUAGAGAAUUUUGAAUAUUUUACCUGCGGCCCGGAAUCGGAUAAUAUCCUCGUGGCUGGUUUCUCCGAU